UUGAACUGUCUUCUGUCCUUAUCACUUAGAUGGCCAUGACCUUUCCAAACGGCUUUCCAAGCAGAUUUGUCCAGCAACAAAGAGCAUGCGAACCGCUCUAGAUAAAUUCAACAACCUAGAAUGCAGUAAUGCUUGCCCAUUCCCACGCUCCUUGGAGUUCGAUCAAGUGAAGAACCCGCAAGCAGACGUUUGGUUACGAUCGGAGUUUGUUGGUUCUGACUCGCCAGUACCCAUAACCCAGGGGCACCCAACGACAAUUUUCGGAAAAUAUCUGUUCGGAAGACGAUUUGUGAUCUAGAAUUUUCGGAACAUUUGUUGUAAAAUUUUUUGCUUGCCUGCCUCUCCUAGGAUUUUCGAACAUCUAAAAACUACUAUAAUUGCCCAUUUUUAACGGAUUUUUAUCCUCAAAAGGUCACCUAGAAUUUUCGGGAGCCUUUUUUCCGGCUGAAAUUUUCGAAAAUGUAAGUUUUGAUCCCUAUAAUUUUCGGAUCACUAGACUUUCAGCUAGGAAAUCCGAACAGAUGAAAAAUUUUUAGGGGAUAAAAAUAUGCCUAUAUCUACCCUUUAAAUACUAAAAUACGUUUAACAAUGCUUUGUUUAAGUGGUUUUGAACUAUAUUCUCGUUGGGUGCCCCUGAUAACCGUUAGACGUAGAGCAAUCGAUCUGUACUAUCUGCUGGAUAGAGCUAAAGAAGAGGUGACCUUACUUCAGGAAGAGAUGAGAAACGUAGUUGAACACUUCAGCGGGCAGCACGCGACGUUUUCCAGUUCGUUAAAAGAUGCCACGAUAUCUCCUUUGUCCUUAGAGGAGUUAGGGAAAAAUAUAUUUCCGAAAAUGAAACUGGUGUCUUUGGAGGGACAGCUUUUAGAGGUGAAAAGAGUUUUCCAAGGUCACAUCGGAGAAGUCCCUCUCCCGAACUUAAUUUUUGAUCGAAACAGUAUUCCGUUACAGGACGAUGAAAACGAGGCUGACGAAGUGUCUGAGUUGUUGCUAACCCUCCCGGAAACAGAUGAGGAUGAAGUGGACAGUGAAAAAGAAUGCGAGAGCGAUUAUGACGAUACCGACAGCACUUUUUUUAGUUCUUCGGGAAUAUUGCUUUAAACUAGAAAAGCGUUAACUAUUCCACUAUAUUUCGGGCUCCUCUGGACCUCCGCAAUCCUAAUGUCCACGUUGCUAGUCUGCAUGAAUUAUAGGGCGAAGUACGCAUUUGGGGCUCUCAAUGCUCCCAUUUUCUAGUAAAUGAAAAUCGUCAAGCACCUGAAUCAAUUGUUGUGAAAUCGUUGUUUUCCUACUAGUUCUCAUCGACUAUCGUGCCAAGAACGCUUUUCUCGCUAUUUCAUCCAAUUUUCUAAUGAAUGGGAAAAUCCUGCUCCUUAAUAUCGCGCUUUCAAAUUAGUGUGUGGGGUAAACAUGCGUAAUUUUUCCUGGUUAGCUGGAAAUAAGUGUGUGUGUUUCAACAGCUACAGUAGACAGACACAUAAAAACCAAGUGGAUUCAGGGGCACUAAAAAGGAGCACGGAAAAUACUUUUUAGGCUAUCCCAAGUACUUUUAGAUGUCUUGAAAUGCCUUGCAUUCUAAGCGGCCC